AUGAGAGACAAGCAGCACCGACACACCCAGACAGCGCAUCCCCAUUCUGAGAGGCAACCUACACGUGCACUGAAAAACGCUGGGCCACCGUUGAUUCACCACGGUUGCAAACAGAAGUCGCAAGCCAACAUCAAGAGUGCGACGGAGAGUUGUAUAUCUAAGUAUAGACGAAAUAACGGAGAGCGGUUACCGGUCAAGGAAAGCAGACCAAUAGAGCAGAGGAAGCAGCCGACUCCAACUAAAUCUAUCGGACCAAUGCAGGUGAGGAAGUCCCACGUAGACUCUGGAGGGACGGCAAGACGGAGCUCGAGCGUCAUGUGCAGGACUGUCACUUGCCUGGAAAUAGACACCCACACAACCACCGCUCUCCUCUCCCAGCAUGCUCACGACUUGAUGCACAUCCAGGUCCCUGGAGGAGUAACAACACACCGAGACACCGCUUAUCAAAGCAGUGACACGGAGGCAGAGACGAAAGGGGACAAAGAACAUCGAAGCAAAAAGCCCCAGCUCAUGGCCACCUGCUUAGAUUCGCCUGAUAAACUGUUGCCCUGCCGCUCCGCCUCUCUUCCGGCAAUUGAGAAGACGGGGGGUGACCUACCAUACGAGGGCGACGACGGGUCCUUGGUCGCCUUUCUCACUCGCAGUGCAAGCUUUCCACACUUCAACAAUACGCGACCACUACAAGCGUUCUGCAACGAUCCGUCGAUCGAUUCUGUUUUAUUCGGCAGCGAAGAGAGUGGAUGCCGACGAGGUGAAGGACAAUCAGGCAGUCCCAACGGAGACGCGAACAAAGAGAGAUUGGAAUUCUUAGUCACCAAACUAUUUGCACGGGCCAAGAUGAGAUCAUCGAUACGUUCCGAAGCCGCUGCCGUAAAAGGGGAGAGAAGCGUUUCUCCUUGUGCAUCGCCUUUCUCAUCUUUUCCAUCACUUGCUAACCCAGGGCACCUCCAGAAUGAUGAGCGGUGGGCAACAGUGAGCGCACCAGCCGUUAAAGCAGAGCGGACGAGCAAAAUGCGAAGGAUUGCUGUCGAAGAGAAGCACGUUCGAACAGAAGUAAGGGACAAAGGAAUACAGACAGAGGAACCCCUUCGCAUCGGCGUCAGCAAAUCUACAGGUUUGCCAUCCAGUGAGAAGCUGGCAUACCAAGAUCAGGGGCGUCUGUCCCGUGACUUCUGUGGUGGGACACGCCGAACGAAUGCGUCUGCCUCGGUCUGUCGGAAAAGCCUUUGCGUGUCUCGACUGGCCACGAAUAUUCUCAGAGAGAUGUGGAACCAGACGCAUGGCAUACUCGAGGCUGAGACAUGGACGGAGAGAGAGUACCACGAUGAAGCCCAGAAGGAUGGAGGAGACGUGGCAACGGUGACGACAGCCGCAACGCAACUCAGCGCUCUCGGCAAGGCCAGGCCGAAAAUAUGUACGGUCCUCCGAACUUUAGCGUGUUGGCCAUUUACGACUGAGGUAGCCGAUACACUCGCCUGCCGUUCAGUGGAAGAAGGAAGGAAAGGACAACACCACGAAAGCAGAAACACAGAACGAAAGUCCCGGGGAAGAGACAAUGCAUUAACGUCAGCAAGGAGGCGGGCUCUGGCCACAUGUAGCCGAAGUCGCAGAUGCCAGAGAAACGUGGAUGACAACGGGAAUGAACUGAAAAGACCUGAAGCGAGCUGGGAGGCAUUUGGGAUUGGACCCACAGGUUGUGAAAGCGUGAGCAGCGGCCUAAAGGCGGGGGCACCCGCCAGGACCUGGACAACUGAGGAAGGCGACUGGCUUGACUCCCGGCUAUACUCCAUCUCCCUCCGCGGUCCGGAUACAAAUCCUCUUACCUCCCGCCGCAGGCACAUCGAAACUGUCAGCUUCCCUUCAAGGCUUGUCUCCGAUCAGGAAAAUGGGGACGGGAAACGAAAACUCUCAGAUGAGGGUGGAGGGGGGGACACAGACGGGACUGGCAACCGACGGGAACUUCUCGGGGAUACAGGAAGAGAGCCGGCCACGAAGGGGGGGCAAAUAAGAAUCCCCAUCAAGACCGAAGACCACCGUAGGGCGACGCAGCUAGGAGCGGUCCAGAAAAGCCAGCCGGAACGCCCGAUCCCUUCCGAACGUCAUACGGCAAGGAGGAACAAUAACGGCGAAUCGGAGGCAGCGGGGCAACGCAAAAGUAGGCGUGGAGAGAAUUCAGCCGAAAAACUGAGCCAGACCUUACAACGCAGGACAUCCGAACACGCGCAAACAGGACGACCGGGGUGUGAGGUCCGACCGUCCAUCGGGCAGGUCGGGAACCGCUUCUCAGCAAGCGAUUCCUCGUCCCGGCCGUCAUCCAGCAUCAAUCGCCAGAGACGUUUGCCCUCCUUUUCGUUCAUGUAUUGCUCCGCACGGGGCCAUUGGGUUUCACCACAGCCUCCAGUCCGCCCAUCUCAGAAUGCCAAGCGCGGUAGUGAACAUCCAGCGGGAACUGGCGUGCAGAGAGUGGCAGGGCUUGUGCCGACGAUUUCAUGUGAAGAACAUCAGCUAAAAUUGAUUCCAGAUACGCCAUGUUCAGGUCCAAGUUCAUUAUGUUAUGCUACCGAGCAAGCAAAUAUGUCGGCCGCACUGAACGCUCUUUAUCCGGCCUGUAGCCCAGCUCUUGUCUCCUUAGCUUCCACUAAUAGCCCGGAAAUUGCAGCACGGGCAUGUCCCGUUCCACAAAUUCCUGGGCCUCUCCAUUCUGCGUUUAUUCACGAAGGGGAACAAAUGUGCCGAAGAACUCCCGAAGGCGGGUUGGCGCCAAAUGAGAGAGGUAUCAGCUAUGCAACAGAUACUGGAGAGCAAGAAGCAGGCGAUGCGGAGGACCUAAAAAUGCUCCGCGCAUUCCUUAACGCACCACUUCAGGAUCCAGGCGAGUUUCUUCGUGCGCCACAUGAAAAAGGUUGUCCGUUCGCUUUCUUGCGAAUGACGCAUGCAAACGCACACACAUUUCAGGCAGAAACAGGGACGGGAGCGCCCGAGAACGCCGAAAAUUCCUCACGGAUCUUGUCUGCGGCUCUCCCAUCUCUACGGACCUCCAGCAUUGAAGACCAUAAUCCCGAGACUCGAUCAACGUCGAGCGGGGGAAGGACAGUAGCGUCAUCCACUGAAGGCCUGAGAAACUUGCUAGAUCUCUGGAUUGAAGAAGGGGAGCGCCUCCGGAGAGAAGACGCUGCUGCAGUGCGCUGCUUCGCCUCGUCUGGCCGGACUGGUGCACCAGCUGCCGCUGAGUUGGUCAGUGUCGGGCAGGCCUGCGGAAAAGAGGAGGCUUGUGGUAGCAGUGACUCAGGACCAAACGAAGUGGCGACUCAAGCAGCAGGAGGAUCUAAUCUUGAAGGAGCAACAAGAUUGCCCCUGGUCUGGCCAAGUUCCGGUGUGCAAGAAAGUGACGCAGACUAUACAGCACCCAUGCAGAGGACGACACAUACACCACAGACGAAUGAAGCUAGGGCACCGAACGCAAGCGUACCUGCCAUUGUGACCGUCUCUGUAGUCCAGCUCAGCAGCUUCGUACCCAUGUCUGAAUGCGAGAGGGGGUUGCAGCACGAAUCGAGAAGCAUGAAGAAUCAAGGCGAAGAGCCAGAAAAGUUUGAACGCAUCUUCGCUCCCCCGGAGGGUUCCUUUCGCUCGUUGCCUUCGUUGCCGCCUGCGGACCGAAAGGAGAGAGAGAUAACUAAAGGCGUGCAACCGCAAGAAGACGAGCAGUCAGCCGUCGACGAAGCGUGGGAGGGAGAGAACAUCUUUCCGUCACCCGGUGGCUGGGAAGCGCCCUUCACUGAUUCUUCACCUCCGUCCUGCAGGGGAACUUGCAUGCUGGUGAGGCGCAGUGGCGGCAGGUUUGUGGUAGCGGAACAGGCACUGAACAGUGGCGCAGCGGCUUAUGGCAGCGCCCCUGGCCGAAUACCAGACGCAAUCAAAGCUGCCAAAAAGAAAGAAAGUGAGAUGAAGCAGAGCCUUGCUCGCGUGGCCGCGAAGACGGAAAUAUUAUUGGAUCGAUUCGAACGCCUGGAAAGACAAAGAAAAGUUCUUGAGCAGCUGGGGAAGCGAGAGCGCAGACGGUACCGCACCGCUGCUUCGCAGGACUUGCAUGAGAGCUUCUUUCACGAAGACUUCCAGCUCGGCAGCCAGUUUUCGGUCAGACAGAGAGGUGAAGGCCACGAAGAAACCACAAGCUUCGGAGAGCAAACUGAAUGGAGACGAGAAACGAAGGACUCUCGAAGGCGCGAAUUUCACAGGAGGGUGAUAGGCUUCUUCUUUCGCCUCCUUCCUCGUUCAGUUUGCCGAUAG